UCUAUAAUCAUUACGAUAAAAUAUCUCCUCCGUCUUAUAAGAGCUGUUGAAAACAUAAAUAACUUAGGGAAGUUUUUAGUUUAUUAUAUUCAGUGUAUAAUUUUGUGAAACAAUAAAUAGUCGGACUCUUUCAUUAUUUCUACAAAAUAAAACCUAUACAACCACAGUGCCCAAUUAGUUCACUAAAGAUGCGCGCCAAGAUCGGAAUGUUAUUUGUGCUGGUGUCGUGCCUAGUUGUAGCUAUAAGGGGAUUCAAUGAUUCGGAAAGCAAUGUGGAAUCAAAGUUUAAAGGUCUUGAACAUACUGUCAACAGUUUGGAGAAAACGUUAAGGAGCCUUGGUAAAGAUGUCGAAGUAUUAAAUCAGGUCGGAACCAGUUUCAAAGACUGUGGUGAAAUAUACCAUACAGGUAUUCGGGGCGACGGGGUUUACACAAUUUCUCCUGAUGGCAGCUGUCCCUUCAAAGUGUACUGUGACAUGACUCAUGGAGGAUGGAUGGUCAUACAGAAAAGAAUCGAUGGGAGUAUUAACUUUUAUCAACCUUGGACUUCUUACGUUAAUGGUUUCGGAGAUCUGACAGGGGAACACUGGCUGGGUUUACAGAAGAUCCAUCGCCUGACAACCCAUGGAGCCCAGAUAUACUUCAACAUGACCAGGACUGCAGAUCAGCGCAUCGACUUCGGGCACUACAAAUACUUCAAAGUUGAAGAUUCAACAACAGACUACACAAUGAGAACUGACAACCAAGCGUAUGAAGGAACAAUUCCAGAUGAUAUGUUCAUGUACCACAAUGGCAGGAAAUUCACGACCUAUGAUCGAGAUAAUGACGGACAUGGUUCAGCAAACUGCGCACAACUUUUAAGUGGCGGUGCGUGGUAGUACGGAGGUUGUUACAAACUUGGUAAUUUAAAUGGAAUUUAUGGAGUUCUCGAACAAAAGGGGAUAAAUUAUCAAUCUGCAGUAAAACAGACAUAUCUCUCAGAAACCACAAUGAAAAUUAAGCAGAUUGUUGAUACUUGUCAGUGAAAUUAAUAACUUCAAAUACACGUAUCAUUUCAAUGUUUUAUGUGUACGUAUAAACUUUAAAAUAGUUACGUCGAAGGAGAGCAGCCGCUGGUCAUCCAUAUCAAGGCAAAUACUUAAACAAUUUUCAUGUCACAAAAUUCAUGGCACAUGUAUUUUGAAGCUUAUAAUAAUUAAUUAUUCAUUACUGGAUAGUCAAAUAGAGUCAAAAAGAUUAAUGUCAAGAAACAGAUUUAUUUUAAACGUCAUCACAGGUAAAUACAACUUCUGCUAAUAUUGUUUGGCAUUUAACCAAAAGCAAAACCAACCUUAUGGACAAUAAUGUGCACUCUUAUAAUGUCAUGUGCCCUUCUAUAUAUGUACAAAAUAGUACAUAAAGCUACAAUGUCAGAAAUUGGACACUUUCUCUUGGUUGUAUUUGUUUAUUUAUGCAUACCUUUCAAUAGCAUCCAUUUAAAACUCCAACUGAAUUCCAAAUAGUUAUGAAUCAUAUUGUCCCACGAUUAGUUGAAUACAUAUAUGUCUACCAAAUAUAAACGUUAUCCGAACGUAAGUAACACUGACAAGCAUUAGACGUUAAUCGACAUGUUCAAGUUCAACACAAUAAUUUUUACUAAAACAGUUGCAUUUCCCUUUUCGUUAAAAUAUUGGUACGCAGGGUUAGUAGUUUGUAAAAGCCUUUUAAAAUUUCAUUUCUUUAUUUACAAUUCAUAUUCUCUUUUCCGUAGGUAAGAUAUCUAUGUUAUUCAUGUUAAAUUGUCUAAAUUUAGUUAUAACAUUCACAACUAUUUUUCUCUCCGCAACUUUAAACAAAAUCUGUUUACAUAAGUAAUAUCAAUUCGUAUUUAUACAGUUUUGUAUUCAUAUAUAUCCUCAUGUGGCUAUGCGUGUAUAACCCGAGAGACAUAAAGAUGUUCGUAUUUUUAAUAUUAGUUUGUGUUGUCUGUUUACGAAGUAGGAACGUGAUGUCAUUGUUUCUAUACAGCUUGAUGAUCCUAUCAAUGUUCUGCUGAGCAAACCCAGUGGAUUAGACAAACCUCGAGCAGGGAAAUUGUCAGAAACCUUGUUGUCGCAAUCCGGGGUUUUCAAUGCACCAAUAAUCCUAUGAAAGUUAUCCUGUCAAGGAUGUCGAGAAACUCCCGCUGUAUGACUCCGAAGGGUCAACAUAUUGAUAGCUGCAUGAACCAAGCAAAAGUGACCCAGCACAUCUAGCUGAAACAUUAUUUAUAUCGAAUUGUUUCGUUUCUUUCAAAAUAGAGUAUGUGCUUCAAUGUAUGUUCUCCCGUUUAAUAGGCAAAUGAGUACUUGAUGAGUAAUUGGAUGGUCCAUUUAUAGAAUAUUAAAGUCAAAUUUUAUCUUGAUGAUUAGAUAUCAAAUAGUUUAUUUCUCAAGUAAGUAAGUCAUUUUUGAAAAUGAUUCAUUAUGCAUAUCUAUACGAUAUGCAAAUACUAUUCUUGAUUUGCAACAGUACUAUUUCAUCAUUAAAUAUGUCAAUAAUAAUGAUUCGUUAUGUCGCUCAUCGCACUGUACAGUUGUAGUUUUGAUAUAUUCAUAUGUAAAUGUAACAUAUAAGAACUUCUAAGUUAACGACUGAAAUAAAUUAUGUUCUUUUCCUUAAA